CUUAUGGGUGGUAUAAUUCCUCACCACAUCUUUGUCCUGGAGUUUUGCUUCUCACAGGAGAAGUGAUUCCAUCCAUAGCCUAGACAGAAGUAAAUUCUCUUGUCAUUUUCCUGGGCCAGUAUGGUUUUCUGGCUCCCCUUUCCAUUCCGUGUCUCCACAUUUCUUGGGCCCAAGGUCACAUCUCCUGUUGUGUUGGACAUUAUGACUAUAGACUCUCUGAGUCUCCAGUACAGUGUCCCUUAGAUCUCUUUGGUGACAGGUUGCAAACUCAUUGCUCUGAAUUAAAUUCUUUGUUGACAGCUGAUGGUUUUCCCUCCUUCUAUAUCUUUUAGCUGUGCAUUUAUUUACCAAUUGAUUUUGGCUAUGGCUGUGUUCCAUUCAUCAUUUCUCUGCAUUCGUGGAGGAUCUGAGUUAGGAUAUGAGUCCAUCGCCAGCUUUCUUUAUCAACUUUCCUGAAUCAUGCUAUGCCUUCUUGAUUGGUAAAGCUGGUUGUUCCUUCCUUUCAAGGAUGGUUUUCCUCUGUUAUCUCUAUGAGUACUUUUCUCUUCUAUGUGUUGGGCUUUUCUUGGGUGUCUUGGAGGAGGAGAAAACAUCUCUGGUCUGGCCCUGUGCCACUAUCUUCUCUGGACAUCUCUCCGUUAUCAUUUGCUCUCUGCACUUGCCUUUGUAAAAUGAAUCAUACCCAGACGACCCCUUCUCAGUAUCAUCUUCCGCCUUGGCAGGAUGCCUCAGUGCAGCGCCAGCUUCCAGGAUGGACGCAGAGUCAGCCCCGCCUGCUAGGUAUGUGAAUUGACUUUUAACGAUGGGGGAUUUAUUUUUUGACCAUCUGUCUCCUGGACUAUUAACCCUAAGUAUGCAAUUUAUCCUCAGGGAGACUUCUUGGAAGUUAAGGCCACCUUUGGAGAUGAGGAGGCCAUAAUUCUGAGGGAGACUUCCCGGAGGAGGCCGGCUUUGGAGAAAAAGAAUUGGCAGCUGGUUGGUUCUAACCCGCGGUACCUGAACUUAGGUUAUCCGUGUUGCCUUCACUCGAUUUGUGACGCAUCAUACACCGUUCACCUAUUUUCCCACACCGAAGUCUGCCACGAAUGGCUGUUCGGGCAGAGUCCCACUUCAGGGCGAGACCUCAGUGUCCAUUCGCCUCCUUGGUAAGCGGAGGGACCGUGGACCACAGCCGACUCCAGAGCACGUGCAUCCUGAUGCGGCGUGCCUGCUCCUAACCCCCUGUGUGGUCCAUCCGUGGCAAGACUCACGGAGGUGGUGCCGUCUUGGGAAAAGAAGUGGGGCUUUUCCUACCAAAGCUUCUUGGCGGCCACUCGAAGAGGGGUUUUCCGUGAUGUGCUUGCUUUAUUCUUCGGCACGUCGCGCACGGUUGGCCUUUGUUUUUAAGUAUCAGAUCUCACCUUCAAGCACCCUGGGGAGACGCCAGCUCUAGGAACCAGAGUCGGCGUCCACGCACUUGAGUGGACGCUCUUGGACAUGCGCGCGUCCUCCCUCGCGUGUGUCCACGCCGCCUCCAGGGUCACCACUUGUGCACGAGGCCAGUUUCCCUGAAGACGCGGUAACCUCGUAGAUUCACCUCCCUACGUGUUUGUCAGUAAGUCGUCCCCGCCGCUGGCUCCUCACGUACGACAGGUGACGCUCCGCCCAUCUCCGUCGGCAGCCUGUCCCUCCCCACGUGGCUUCUUGGAAGGGGCAGUGCAUCCGCACCUGCGGGCGGGACCUGGCUGACUGGGGCCGGCCCGCAUGGCGUGCGUCUGACUCACGUCGGUGUCCCCGCACGUCCUCCCUCCGUAGCCCUUCUGUCUGCAGGUCUGCCGUCUCGGAACGUGCCGGAAGCCAGCACUCUAGUCCGGUACUUGAAUGGAGGUUGUCCAUGGUGUGUUCAUUUUAUUUAUGAUGAGUAUUACAUGGCCAAUCUCCGUUUAGUACUCAGUUCUUCUUGGGGAGACUCCACAAGGCCAGGUCUGCCCGGUGCCUGUCCACGGUAAGGAGAGGGAACAUUCACCCCGUCAGUGCUGUGUUUGUGAUGGGUGUCACCCGGCCCAGAAUUCCCAGGAAGGGUGCUGACUUUCUUGGGUGGCACCGUGGUCUGUUAGUCAUUGGUACCCUCCCUCCCUUGAAGGCUCACCAGUGAAGAAAGCACACUGGAUAAGUCCCUUGUCUGUAGGGAACCAUCUUGGACGUGAGGCCCAUUCUGGGGAAGGGGACUCCUGUGUCGUUCCAACAGCCUGGCCGAGUGGAAGACACACACCUUACAUAUGCCAUGUGUUACCACCCCCUCAAGUAUCUUAGUCCUCACAGGGGUCCUCUGAGGUAAAGCCGACCCUGUGGAGGUGGGGCUGGGGGAGGGGAUGUCUUCCGUGGUGGGACUCGGGGUAUUUGAAGACGGGUUUCCACGGCUCGGUUUGUUUAUUCCUGGUGCAAGAGAAGAGUCCUUGAUAGCGUUUAUGAUUGCCUUAUGUUUACUAACUCCGUGAUCUUGGGCCAGUUACUUACACCGUCACCUCUGGGCCUCAGUUUACUCUUCUGCGAAAUGGGUUAAUGUUUACUCAGAGGGGAGAUACGAAAACUCAGCGUACGAGCCAAGGAUCUAGACCAUGCUUGACACGUAGUGACGUUGAAUAAGAAUCGCCUCUUCGGAUGGCUGUUGUUACCACGUUGUUAUCCCGACGUAGACCUUCCCUUGCUGUUUGCACACCAGAGCGCGAGCUCCCCGAGGGCAGUCUGGUUUUGCCUAAUGCCGUGUCCCUCAUUGCACGCGGUAGGUGUGAUGUUGACUGAGCGGGUGGUGGCCGGUUGACACAUUUUCUUUAUCAAGCGCCUGUCUGAGGCCUCCUGGAAGGAAGAGUGAAUGAAGGACAGCGGUGAGCCUGCGCUGUCCCAGUGACGUUGUCUGUCGCCCUCGCCAUCCCUCCAGGAAGAGGAGUGACCGGCCUGCAGGUAAGGGGGCUCCUGCAGGCUUGGGGCUGGAAGGACCCCGCCGUGGCCACAGCACUUACGGAGAAUGUCAAAUGGCUGUUCCUUUCUCUGUGUUGAAUCCCCACGCAGGGACUUCCCUGAGGAGAUGCCAGCCUUGGGAUGGGACCUCGGUGUGCGCGUCUCUCGAGGGUAAGUGACCCGACGCUGACCCACACGUGGGACUGACUUGGGAUGUGUGUGCUCAGGGCCUUGCCCACCACCUAGCCCCCCUCCCCGCUCCCGAGGCCAGGUCAGGGAGCAUCCGGUGCCACCGGAGCUGGCGCCUGGCGCCUCCCCCUGACGAGACACGUUCUGACCCCGCGUGGGAGGCUCCCUGGAUGUAAUGCCAGCCUCUCCAGAGGGUGGGGGGACACGGGGCUGCUCUUGGUGAAGAGGCGUCUGGUCGGUGCUCUUGCCUUUGCUGACCUUUGACCCUUGAGCAGAGGUUGCCCUUGGUGAAUUCGCUUUAUUUAUGUUGAAUCACACAAAGGCAACUUUUGUUUGAGUAUCAAAUCCUGCCUGUGAUGGCUUCCGGGACCCAGUGGCAAUCUCAGGGUCUACACCUCCCCCGUGAACAAGAGCGGAUGGUGUAGAUGUGGAUGUCUACACCUCUCCGGGGGACGAGAAUGAUGAUCAGGCUCGAUUCAUAACGUGGGCCACCGGGGGGGGGGGGGGCACUGGAAGGGCGAUGUCCGCGCUCAGUCUGCCUCUGGGGCCCUCUUUAUGCCACCAUUGUGACCGCUGGUCCCAGAGACAUUCUGCCCCCAGCGCCUCUCCUCUGAAAGGGGGGCCUUGUGGGUUGUUAGUGAAGGGUUUGCCCUCAACGACUGGAGACUGCGGCUUGUCAUUCCCUCGGUCCCAGACGCACAAAACCCCUCCUGCGCUCUCUCUCCGGUCCUCCUCUCUGCGCUGCCCCUUGUCGCUGUCCCCCUGCCUUGCUGUCCCCCUGCCCGCCCGUGUUCUCAGUGUUCUUGUGGGCUAUGGGAUGAACAGAAGCUGUCAGUCUUCCAUCCCGUUUGUAGUAACAGCGAUAAAAGUAACGCGCACAGAAUAAAACUAAGAGCCACCGGAAAGGCACAGAGAACGACAUGUUCAAUUGAGUACAAAUUGGCAGAAGAAUCCAAUUUUCUUGACAACGUUUCGGUUGCCACAUCCAACCUGGGGACGCGGAGCACUGUAGACAUGGCGGCCACGAGAGGCGCCUGGCGCUGGCGCGGCUCGAAACAGCGAUAUUGGAUGUAGACAAAAGCACGUUGAGGAAUCAACUCUCCAUUCGGAUUUUUAAAUGGGAAAGAAUUGAUCCUAAUGAAGAUGAUUUGGGGAAAAUAACAAGGGAAAUAAAAGAAAUGAAAACAGCCCAACAGCAUAGGCAGGAAGGCGAAACAGGGAAUUGGAUUCAUUUAAUGGAAUUCACUGUGAAAAACAAUGAUUUUAUGAAAAUCAAUGUUGGUACAAUUCUCGUCAAGGUGGUUGAAUUCGUAAGCGUGGGGUGCAGUCAGUGUGGGCAGCAGGAACAGGGCCCCGAGCUCAGUGUCCUUUGUGCAUCGGACCUUUUCUUUCUGUCCUGAGUCUUCCCAGAGAGCUUCCUGAGCAGUCUGGCUGACAUCAGGGGUGACGCACUGGUAAUGGGGGCGCAUGUUGGCCCCAGCGUGCAUGCCCUCUUGGUGCCCUGCCUCUCCUGCUCUGCCCCCUCUUGGCAUCUCUCCCUCCCCUUGUGGAGCUCCGCAUGACAAUGCCGACUCCAGACGUGAGGCAGGAGGCCCUUGGUCAGUGGGGACCGUUGUCCUCAGUCAGAGAGGCCGGGACGUUCUCAGAUGGUCCCCUUCCUAAGAGUCCCCAAGGCCCCAUGCUGGCCCCAUGGCCAGGCUCCUCUUUGGUGCUGAAUGCCACUUGGUCGUGGAGGCUGGCCUCGUUUGGGAGGUGGUCCUGGAACUGGGGUUUCUGGGAUCAAAGCUGUUGCCUGGGAUGUAGAAAGAGGCUGUCCUUUGCUGGCAUGACUUGCUUGUGACCAGCACCAUUCGCGGAUCUCUUUCCAGAUCAGCCCCUGCCUUGGCGGAUUCCCCGAAGCCACACCGCCCUCAGGAGGUGGCCAGUGGCUGGAGCCCCCUCCAGGGUAGGUGCCUGGGUGCAGCCCCGGGACAUGCCCUGAAUGUGUGGAUGACGGGUGUCACCUGAUCCACUAGCUGUUGCCGAGCAGCCGUUCUUGGGAGCACUUCCAGGAGGUGAUGUCCGCCCCGUCAAAGCCUCUCUGACCUGCAGGUCAGUACCCAGGGACAGGGAAGCUCCUGUAAUGUGUUCGCCGGCUGCAGGACAGACCGUGGGGGGCUGGCCUCUCGCUGCAAUUGUAGCAAGGCCCGAGGGCUUCCCAAACUCAUGCCAGGGGUUCUGCGGUCGGCCCCCCUCCGAAGUUCCCCAAACAGGUGGCGGGCACAGAGUGCAGACUCUGUUUGUGGCCUGUGUCGUCUGCCCCCCCGCCCCUCCCUGGCCCGUCCGUUGUUUGGGGCGUAUUGUGGAUCUGAGGUCCACUCUGGGAAAAGCCGAGGCCCGGAUAUCAGAGCUGGUCUGCUUUCCUUUGAAGAGCAACCGUCUUCAGCGCCCUUGCUCUCCCGCUACCCCACCCCCCCCACCGCUGCCUUAUUUUUGGUGUUUUUGCUUACUUUGUUUGUGAGGCUAAUCAAACAGUCAACCAGAUUUUUAAAUCACUCUUGGAAGGGCUCUGGGGUGGGGGGACACACACACACACACACACACACACACACACACAUACACACGGGGCUAGAGGUGGUGUCAGGGGGGCCCUGGGAGCACAGCCCUGGGCAUUCGCGCCCUGCACACGCGCACCGGGGGAGGGAGGCUUCGUGGGUGCAGGACCCAGGCUCACCCUCUCCAGGGUCUGGGAAUGGAGAGUGGGGGGCAGGAAGGGCAGGGUCUCCCCCACCUUCAGACGGCCCACGCACGGCUCAGUCGGCCACGAGGGCACCGCGGCUGCCCCGGGGAGCCCCGGGGGAGUCACGCCCCGGCACGGGGCCCCCUCUUGCCAGCGUGAGGUCCCCCCGGCCCUCGCCCUUCGCUUCGGGGAAGGGUCUCUGCGUUUGGCUCAUGGCGGGCAGGCCAUGCGAGGAUUGGCCUCGACGCCUCGGGGGGAGGGGGGUCGCGGCGGGGAGGGCGAAGUUCGGGCCCCCGCAUGCCCAGCGUUCAGGCUGUGCUCGUGGAGGGUCUGGCGCGAGCACAGCCAGCUGGAAGCGUCCGCCUCGGUGCCAGCGCCCCGGCCUCUGCAUGGUACUCGGGGAGAGGUUACCCGAGCAACUUUGCAUCCGGACGACGAAUGUUGCUCGGUGAACCCCUUUUCGGUAUCACAUUCCGCCAGAGAGGCCGUCUCGGAGGCCGCGGCUCCUCGGGGAAGAACGUCGGUGUCGGCACCCCUCCGGGGUACGGGACGGAUGGUCGACCAGUUGGAAAGUAAUUGUUUCGAAUGUACUUCACCUGGUCCACUAGCCGUCCGUAUCCGCUGCCGCCUGCGGGGCCCGCGGGCCCGGGGAAAGCCGCUCCUCAGCUCAGCGCCUCUCCUGGUACUUGAAGGGAGAUCGACCGUGUUAUAUUCGCUUUAUUGGCUUCGAAUAAUACAUGGUUGAUCUUUUCUCAGUAUCAAAUCUCACCUUGGAGGAUCUCUUGGAGAUGAA